UCAGUCAUAGCAACAAGGUUAUUAUUUCUCAAGGCCUAUUAUUUCCACUAAUCUUCUUCAAAAAACACCGUAUACGGUUAAUAUUCAACUUGAUUCCUAAGAUCGCACAGGAAAAUUGAUAUUCGAAAAGAAAUAUCGCUUCUGGUCAUCAAGAAAAUACUGGAGUCUUAUACUUUCACUGGUUGACAAGCAAGCAAUCAAGCUGAGACACUAUAAAUCAUCGUUAAUUUACGAGUUAAAAGAUGGCAGAAAACGUAAAGGUCGCUGUCCGUGUUCGACCAUUUAAUAAAAGAGAAAGAGCGAGGAAUGCAACCCUCAUUGUUGAGAUGUCUGGCAACACCACCAAGCUAAUCAAUCCUGAAGAUCCAAGCGAAGAGCCAAGAAGCUUUUCUUUUGAUUAUAGCUAUUGGUCACAUGAUGGGUUUAAAGAAGAUGACACUGGGUAUCUUGGAGGAGUUGCACCUUACUAUGCCGAUCAGAGACGUGUGUAUGACGAUGUUGGACAAUCAGUUCUUCAGAAUGCAUGGGAUGGAUACAACAGUACCCUGUUUGCUUAUGGUCAGACUGGCUCGGGCAAAUCCUGGUCUAUCGUUGGGUACGGAGUCAACAGAGGAAUUGUACCGAUAUUUUGCGAUGAAUUAUUCAAAGGAAUCCAGAAAAAGAAAGACGAAGGAGAAACGGCACAGUACGAGGUAAUGUUCAGCAUGUUAGAGAUCUACAACGAGCAAGUCCGAGAUCUUCUGAACCCAGCGUCCAAUAAGAAGGGUGGGUUGAGGGUACGUCAGCACCCAAAGAAAGGCUUCUACGCUGAAGGACUCAAGACUGUGGCUGUCAGUUCCUAUGAACACAUCGAGGACAAAAUGGAGGAAGGAACACAGAAUAGGACUGUUGCUGCUACAAAGAUGAACGCCACUAGCAGUCGUGCGCAUACUAUCGUAGGAGUGACAUUUGUUCAGAAGACAAAGAAUCCCGCUGGAGAGGAAACUGCUAAAACAUCUCUUAUCAACCUCGUGGAUCUGGCAGGCAGCGAGAGAGCAGAAUCUACUGGAGCAACUGGGGACCGAUUAAAAGAAGGGGCAGCUAUUAACCAGUCUCUCUCGGCCCUUGGCAACGUUAUAUCAGCUCUCGUUGAUAAAGCGAAUGGAAAAGCCAUACGAGUUCCUUACAGAGACUCCGUUCUGACGAGGCUUUUGAAGAAUGCUCUGGCAGGCAACAGUAAGACAGCUAUGAUUGCCGCCAUUAGUCCAGCUGACAUCAACUAUGACGAGACUCUUUCCACUCUUAGAUAUGCUGAUCGAGCUAAACAGAUCAAAACAACUGCUACCGUCAAUGAAGACCCAACAGAAAAAAUGAUACGAGAGCUGAAAGAACAAAAUGAAAAACUGCUUGAAAUGCUGAAAGCGGCUGAGUCUGGCCAGAAGAUUAGCCUGGAUGAUGAUGAUGAUGAUGAUGAUGACGAUGAUAAGCCUGAACUUUCAAAAGAAGAAAUGGACGCACUUCGAAAAGAAAUCGAAGAAGAUAUCCGAGCUUCGAUGGCGGACACAGAGAAAGAAGUUCAAGAAAUGAAUAAAACCUGGGAAGAUAAACUGGCUGAGACCCAGCAGGCAACCGUGGACAAAGAGGCGAAGAGGAAAGAGCGCAUGGCCACGCCUCACUUCUGGAACUUGAACGCAGACUCUCAGCUGACUGGAAUGAUUGUACACCUCUUAAAGGAAGGUAAAGUCAAGAUUGGUAACAAGAAAGCCGAUCCACCAGCAGAUAUUCAACUAGCUGGGUUGAAUAUUGAGAAAGAACACUGCGAAGUAACCACAAAGGAUGGGCGUACGAUUAUCAAUCCUAUUGGGGAUGCUAAAAUCUUGGUUAAUGGGGAACCAAUCACUGAGGAGGAAGAACUAGAGCACCUUGACAGGGUAAUGUUUGGUUCCAAUCAUCUGUACGUCUUCCACCAUCCAAAACAAGCAGAAAAGUCAAACAUCAAACCAGAAUCCAUCACCUAUGAAAUGGCACAAGAGGAGAUAGCACAGAACUCUGGCUUUGAGAUGGAAGAGAACGAUAACAGAGAUGCCAUGCUACUACAAGAGGACUUGGUUGACCUCGUGCCAAUGGUAGAAGAAGCAAAUGCUAUCAGUAUGGAAUUAGAUAAAAAGGUUUCUUUUGAGGUCGUCGUCAUGACAGCUAAGGCACGUGGGCUAUGUGAUGGAAAAUCUGAGCCAUACGUCCUGAUGAAGAACUUGGACACGGGACUGGAAUGGCUGUGGCCCAAAAAUAAGUUCAUCAACAGGAAAUACCUGAUGCAAGAGAUGUACAGUAACUACGAAGAAGGGGAGGACUGGACACUACCAGAUGAAAAGGAUCCCUUUACCGAGACCCCGGAUGUAGAAGUUCUGAUUGGCUGUGUCGAGGUACCAAUGGAAAGCCUGGGAUAUGUGCUGGACAUGAGAGAACAACUGAAUAUCACAGACUUCAGAGGAAAAGAAGUUGGAUACCUUAACGUUGAAGUGGUUCCUCUUGACGACAAAGGAAAAGAAAUCACAGAAGACACUGAUCUGUUUAUUGAUAAUCCACAAGACCUGAUUGGAAACGCUAUGGAUUUUGUAGUGCGUAUCACAAGUGCUCGUGGAUUACCCAAGAAAUACACGGAGGUGUAUUGUAGUUACAAAAUGUAUCUUGAUGAAGAUCCCAAAACAGAGAAAAUCUCAGGAACAAUCAACCCCGACUUCAACUAUGAAAGGAAAUUCCACUUUGAUUCUGUCAAUCAACAGUUUAUAGAUUAUCUGAUGAAGAAGUCAGUAAUUAUUCAGGUGUGGGGAAAACAUGCAGCAGAGAAACAUCCUGUCAACAAGGCUGCCAAGGAAGGAAAGGACACCAAGGCGAUCAUGAAGGCAGAGAACAUGAAGAAGGGCAUGGCUAAAGGGUCAAAGGGAAAUGUUCCUACAUUAAUGAAUGUUUCAGACAUGGCCACCAUGAAGAGACGUAAGGAGAGACUGGAACACAAACUGCAACAGCUUCGUGAGCUCUGUGACAAGAGAGAAAAAGAAGGACACAUCGCUGUGGCGCUCACUGACGUAAGAGCGAUAGUAGGAGACGCUAAUGCCAAUACAGCAACAGUAAACGCCAAAGUACCUGUACAAGGACAGCAAAAGAAUGAGAGUGCUGCCUGUGUUAUCUUAUAGAAUAGCCUACUAGACUACUCCACAUUCUAAAUCCAAGCAAAACCAUGCCUUUGUACAGCCCGAAUUUAAUUCCCACUUAAGACGGUGCAAUAUUCAUUGGUCUAAUUUUUUUCCACCAUUUAAGACCACGUGUCAUUCACUAUUCCUAUUCAUGUUUUUUCUCAUGCGCAACUGUUAGCAAAGAAAUGAUACUCAAGAAAAUGACACGUGGCCUGAAAUGGGAAAACAUUACGCCCAAGUUAAAGAGCUCUAUUAACUGCUAUAUCAGUUUAUCCUUAUACACCUUCUGAUUGAUCUGUGCAUCCAAGCAAAGUCGGGCUGCACACAUGCAGGCCAAGUGAAACAAUGUUGAUUUAUUGUAGCAUCGAGUCAAGAAACGUUAAAGUAGAUCUUUGACAAGUUUGAGUAAUUCUCAGUAAUGUCUCAAUAGUGGACUCAUUUGUAAAUAUAACUUUGUUUGAAAUUAUAUACAAUUGUGUCAAGCACCAACCAGAGAAAAACGACAUAAUUCAAUGUAAACAACUGGAAAAGAAGCUAGAGUAAUCUUCCUUCCAGAACAAAAAUAUUCCUUUACAUUUAAAUUUUCACUUGUAGUUAGGUCCAUCUGCACCAUGCUUUUCAGCUCAUAUAAGUGAGACGACUUAGUAUUUGGUUUUUAGUAUUCAUUAGUAAUCGUCAUUUGGGAUAAUAUUUCAAAAAGUGCUUUCAACAUGUUUUGCUUUUUUUUCUAGCAGAAAUUUUYGUAUCUCAGAAUUGGGAAUCGGGUAGCUAAAAAAUAGAUUUCGUUUUUUUCGGCGGGGGGGUGGGGGGUUAGGAUAGGCUGUAUUUCAGGCUAAUAAACCAUGGACCUUAAAGCAGUUUUCACAUGGCUGUGAAAAGCUCCGUGCCGUAUGCGUGCCUUGCUGCGACCGUUAUGUUUCCUAGAAGUUUGAUUUUCUGGGUUUUUUUCUCGCACCAUGUGAUUGGUCCGGCAGUGCCGUGACCUUAGGGUGGCCGAUAUCAAUAUCACUUUAUUUCCACAGCACAAUCCAUAGUAUUUGUAAGUAAUUAUAAUGAUAUAAAUAUCAACUUCUAUUGA